AGUAGGAAGAGGGGACGGAACACCAUGAAGUCUGGCAACGACACUCAAGCCGAAGAUGGCGAAAACGUCCCCUUCUCUCAUGUCACAGCCGUGGCUACAGAGUGGAUGCUCGAUUUCCACUUUGUUAGUCUUUGUCGCUGCUUCAAGGAAGGAGAACAGGAAGCGUUUUCUGAAAUACUUUCUUCGUUCGAAUCCAUGUUUCACUGUGCCUCAACUAAAGGAGACAUUCUUGAUGAUCAGAAGUUCAUGAUCAGUGCUUUGAUGGCCCGCGUCAUGCAUGCAAAGCAGUUCGAUGUUUUCUUUGAAGAUGAUGAAAAGGUGAUGCCUCUGAUGUCUGCUGCUAAAGUGUGGUUGCAGCUCAAAGCAGCUGUGAAUGAUGAAGAGCAGUUUCAUAAUAUAAUGACUCUCCUGGUCGUCCAGUCUGUUGCUGUGUGUCUGACAAAUGGCACACGAUCGUCUGCUAAAUGUGCUCUUAAGUGGUUGGAAAGUACACCUGAUAUUCCACAUAAUAUUACAGUCAAGCUGACCACGGUUGUGGAAAAAGGAGACGCCUACCACCCGUUAAUCGCGAGCUUCAACUUUGACCGAUUGAUGACAGCUAUUCACUCCUUCCUGGACUCCUAUUUGAGACGGAAUCCGUGCGACUUUAUCUUGAAGGAAGCCACAAAAAUGAUCCAGAACUCACGAAAUAUUGGCAGAUGUGGAAGCACAAGGACACAAAACUCUGAGAUGAAAACGGAGGAUGUGGGAAACGGCAACGCUGAGAAAGCAGAUAUAACAACUGCUAUAAAGCACAAACGGAAACUUCUGUCAACCAAAACACAAGAGCUAUGGAACCCAGCCUCAUCCAAGAAACCUUACAUCUGUCUAAGUCGAAUCCCAAGUCCAGAUUUACAGCAGCAGCUGAUGCCGAAACAGAAGUCACAGACGACCUGUGAGAAGAAGAGAAAACCUCCUCAGAAAUGGACAACAGAGCAGGACGAGCAGUUGAAGAAGGGCGUGAAACAAUUUGGCGCCGGCAAGUGGUCACGCAUUUUAUUGGCGUACAACUUCGAGGACCGGACCAGUGUCAUGCUGAAAGAUCGGUGGAGAAUUCUGGUCAAAAAGCACCUGGUAGGCUGAUGUGGCCUGUCAUUUUUUAAGUGUAGCUAUGUUGCUUACCCUUCUGCCCAAAGUUGUACGAUGAAAAAAAAAGACGGAUGGAUCUGUUUUUGCUGUUUAUGAGUUUAUGCUCUCUCCUGCAGGGGGCGCCAAAGCAAAAACUAAACUUUUUAAAUGACCUCAUAAGAUUGACUUGAUAUUUAUGCAACAUUUUAGCAUUAACUUAUUUUUGUAAAAAAGCAUACAAUAUUUUCAAUAAACAAAGUCGAAGUGGUCAGUGCUCGCAAUAGCAU